AAAGGCCACUUACAAAAAAAAAAAAAAAAAGACUUUAUUGGUCUGUUUUCUUUGCUUGAAAGUUUCUAAAAUAAAAAAUCAACAGGCUUUUCUCUGUACUAUAGUUCAUUUGCCAUUUGCUAUUUUGGGCAAGAAUUUCAUUUUGCUGUGUGUUAUUCAAGAUUCUGCUUUGCGCGUUGGAUCUUUGAUUGAUUCUUCUCGUGUAUAAUCGAUAUUUGAUCACUAUUUGUGCUGCGUACCGGUACCACACAGUGGAACAAAUGCUGCAUUGUCUGCAGCAGUUAUCAUUAACAGCAAAAACUAAGGACUCACCUCAAGCUUUGGAAGGUGGUUUAGUUGAUGAUAAUGCUUCGAGUUCUCGAUCUUCACCUACUGUCAACCUGUCACAAGCAUAUACACUUGCUGUUCAAGCUUCUUGCAACAAAGAGAUCUGGUCCAAGCUGCACCACGAGGUCCCCCCGGUGCUGAACGUGGAGGAGGUAGCACAAAUUGAGUUCCAGGAGGAACCCCUGCAACUCGAAGAUGUCCUUGAACCGAGCCGUGAGCAUGUCGAAGAGACAAUUUCGCGUAUAAAACAGGACGCCCUAAACCAACUUGUUGCUAAGUACUUUGACAAUAGUGAGCAAACUGCUCGUCUCUGUAUCCGUAUCUCUCAAAAUGUGAACAAAGCUCGACUCUUAUAUGCCCCCCUUCAUAAAAUUCUCGAUGUCCUUCCCCUGGACUCGGAUUCCCUUUCGCAAGCUCAGUAUGAUUUGGCAUUUGACAUCUUCCUCCAGUUCGACAGCCUCGCCAAUCAUUUUCCUAGACGUGACACCUAUAACUUCAAUGAUAUGCUUGAUUGCUCCUUCCAGCUAAAGAACCAGCUCGAACUUCGUCUACACAAGUCACGUUCAAAAGUCAAACUUCUCCGCCGUGCCACCAGAGGCUCAGCCUUAUGUCUUGUUGCAGCUACCGUUGGAGCGGUCAUAUCAGCUGUUGUUAUAGCUACUCAUGGUCUUGCCGCUCUUGUUGCCAUCACAAUAAGCCCCGCUUGCCUCCUUCCUUCAAAUAUGAAAAAAAAAGAAGUAGAUCUCAUGCAGCUGGAUUAUGCAACAAAGGGGAUUUUUUUCCUCUACAAUCACUUAAAUACUGUAAAAAUCCUAGUGGGCUUGUUACAUGACGUGGUGGAGUCCUACAAUGGUACUAUUCGCUUUGGGCUAGUGCGUGGAAGAGAUCGGUAUCGCAUUCGGGAGGCACUGAAGCAACUUCGCAGGAAACAUAGUGCUUUCCUUGAGCAGCUUGUUAGUCUUGAGGAACAUCUGUGUGUGUGUUUUACUGCAAUAAGUACGGCUAGACACCAUCUUCUUAAUUAUCUCCGUCAUCAAAAUCAAGCUCCUCGAUAAUCUGUUCUUGAUUACUAUCUGAUGCUGGAUGCCGCUCUAGUUUCACAGGGCAAGAGACGAGGAAAUUUUUGUAGUCAUCAGAAGCUGUUGAUGAGGAAGUGGGGAUUCAUAUAGCCGAACCCAACUUAUUUUGGACCCACCCAUAGUAGUUGUUGUAUCGGAAUCAGGAGAUUGAAAGACUGUUGAUAGCUACAUCUCCAGCAAGAAGCUUACUAUUGUUAGGAGAUUUUGAUAUCCUGAUCACUCCUAAAACUAUAGCCCUUAUAGUAACUCUUUGGUGAAUCGAAAACUUAACGUGGGUUAUUAGCUAACCCGUUAUGAUUAUUAGUAUCUAUAGUAUUUUACAGUUAACGAACAGGUCUGAUAGGAGAUUCUUGAAGAGGAAUGCGGUUCGUGCUUCCAUCAUUUUCCAGUGUCGUCGGACGAUUGUUUAGAAGAACAUUUUUAUUUUUUUUGGUCAGCACAAGAUCUAACCAUACGCUGGCAUGUUGUACUCUUUUCCUCAUCUUAUGACAUGAUAAACAAAAUCAGUAUAAUGAAUGAUUGUUGCAGCA